UAUCAACUUAAUAUUUGAAAAUGUAAAAAAUAUUGAACAAAGUUUGUUUACAUGUAAAACAGGUUAUUUUACGAUAUCAGGUAAACUUCGAUACGCCAUAACACUAUAGUACAUUAAUUACUUUUGAAGUAUGUAUUUGGUAGGUCACUUACGUACGUUUCAACGGAAAUCACCAAUCCGGCGACAUAUAUAUUACAACAAAAAUUAAGAAAAAACGAACGGUUUUUCGAAAUUUAAAAUUAAUUAAUUUCAUCGCCUUUCGUUAAUGUAACGAAAUACUUUUGUUUGGAAAAUAUACACGUUUGAUUAACAGUUACAGUUACAUACUAGUACCAAUUACAGAGUAAAGAAUGAUUUCUUUAGAUUAUGAAGAAAAUCAAUUAUACAAUUUAUAUUUAACGAAAAGUGUUGGUAAAACUAUAGAAUUAAAAGUCCUCAAAAACCUUUUAAGUACAAAUUAUGAAUUACUUCAACAACAGAAGACAAUAUUAAAUGAAGAACGCGAAAAAUUGGAUAACAUAAAUUUUACUGUUUGGGAAACAGAAGAUAAAUUUUGUAAUGAAGUUUGGAACUUUUCUCUAGAGCAUAACUUUAACGUUAUUUUCAAGCAACAUCCUGAUAUUAAAGAUGUUGUUGAGUCUCAUAAUUGUAAAUACAGUAUUACCCCAUACAAGUAUAUAGAAAAUAUUAAAACAUACAAAGAAUAUAAUGUUGUGGAAUUAAGUAAUGAAAUUGAUAAUAUUAAGAAUCAGAUGACACUUAUUUGUAAUAAAAAUAUUGAACAAGAUAUAACAAAUGCCAUGUGUAUCUUAAAUAAUUUGAAGUCAUUUUCAGAGGACAUAUUGAAUCUUAUACGAUUAAUAAAUCCUUUAGAUAAUUCUCAAAAUAUUUGUAAUACAUUUGCAUACGAGAGGUCAAAUGUAGAUAAAGGAUUCAUAAGUGCUAAAAAAUGUUUGAAAAUUCAUCCUGUUACAUUAAUUGAGAAGAAUAUCACAAAAGCUUCAAAUGCAAAAAUUGGCAAUAUUAAAAAGUGUCAAUAUACAAAAAAUGAUAUACAAUUUGGCAAAUUUAUUAUGAAAAAACAAAGUCUCAUUUCUUUGAAGCUUGAACAGAAGUCAAGAAAUUAAAAACAAAAUAAAAUAUAUUAGUACACAUAUUAUUAUAGAAUUAUGUUUCAUGUAAGUUGUUAACAAUUUUUAUCAAAUAAUAUGUUUAGUAAACUUAUUUCAGUAAUCAGUUAUAAUAAAAAAUAAAUUCA